AUGAGGAACAAUGAACUAAACCUCUUCUUUGCUUUGAGCAAAAAGGCAGGCAUCGCCUGUCACCCCCGUUUGCCUCCCGCUGGACGGGAGGACGGAUUUUGCCUUCUGCUCCCACCGCUCGCUCCGGGGCAUGCGGCCUGGCGUGGAGAGCCCGGGCACUGGACGAGGGUGAACGGCCACCCUGCCUUGGGCGCAGGUGCACGGCCCCGCUGCCAGUCGGUGUUUCCUCGGGGCUGGUGUUUACCGAGCAUCUCUCUGUUUUUCUCCGCAGCGCUGUACGCAGUGAAGGUGCGGGCCGAAGCCAUGCAGAAGGCGUCGGAAGCUGUCCCCAGCGGAAUGCUGUCGGUUGUUGGUCGGCGAGAGGCGAACUACAAGUUUGCCUGCUUGGAAGCCCGUAAACACUGCCAAGCGCUGGGUAUAGAAGACCCCGUAUGUGAAAUCUCAAACUAUUUGUUUCCAGACGGCAGAGUCAUUGCAGGACACCUCCAGGCUUUGGAGUUUUUGCAGGAGAAUGCCCGAAAAUAUUAUUUUACACGUACACAAAUGCUUCCAGUCAGUGGGGCUUUUCAUACGAGGCUUAUGGAACCAGCAACAGAGCCGCUGGCUGAAGUCCUAAAAUCAGUUGAGAUUCAGAAACCGCUGGUCUGUGUCUAUUCCAAUGUCGAUGGCAAGAAGUACAUGCACUCCAAGCACAUCCAGAAGCAGCUGGUGAAGCAGGUGGUUUCGCCUGUUAUGUGGGAACAGACCAUGCAUUCUGUGUAUGAAAGAGAGAAAGGAAUAGAAUUUCCCUACACCUACGAAGUGGGGCCUGGGAAGCAGCUAGGAGCCGUUCUCAAAAAAUGUAAUUUAAAGGCCUGGAAACAAUAUAACCAUGUAGAUGCUCUGGAGGAUGAGGAAGAAGCAGAGGCCUAA